ACACAUAUUCUUCGUAUUAGCAUAGAGCUGAGAGCCGUCAUUUGUAAUUUGUGUUCGUGACUCAAACGAUAUUUUUGGUCUUUUUACGAAGGAAACCAACAAUCUGCGCUCAAAAUGAUAAAGAAAAUUAUACUACUGGGUCUGCUGUCGUUUUCGAUGUGUUUGAGUAAAGCAGCAGAAGAAAAAGCUGCAACACCUGCAAUUUCUAUUGUGGCGAAUAGUACCACAACAGACAUAAAGGAAAAAAAUCUAACCACCUCAAUCCCUCCUCAUCUGACUAAUGAAACAUCUACUAAAAAUGAAACAGAAAUUAACCCAACUUCAACCCAAGUGACACAAGAACCUGCAAAACCCUCGGAGGCAACCCCAGCCCAUAAAGAAGAAAUUUCUAAGCCCGUUGAUAACAAAACCACAGAAAAAGAACCAAAAGCCAAGGAAAAUUCCAAAGAGCUUGCCAAAAACUCCACUGAAACCAAAGCGACCACAGAGAAAGCUGCAACUGAUAAACCAAUGAAUGAUGUGACCGGCAAGAAUGCAACAACAAUGAAACCUGACAUGCCAAACAGUACACAGGCCCCAAAAUCUGAAGAUAAACAUGUUCUCCAGGCGAGAGGUUUUGAUGGACCCAGCUUCAUUGGUGGCAUGAUUCUCACCCUUGGACUCCUUGCUAUAGGAUUCAUGGGAUUCAAAUACUACAAGAACCAAACGGAAAGAAACUAUCACACUCUUUAAAGUUUUCAUGGCUUAGAUAUCUAUGUAAGUGCACUAUUAGGAUUUAUAUUUAGUUAUUUUUAUAACUUCUUGUUAUGUAAUAUUUAGAAUUUUAAAGAGAAUUUUUUUUUUUUUCAUUUUAUGUGCACUACAUUUUCUCGGAAAGAAUUCCUGAUGUAACAGGGUUUUUAUUAAUAAUAUUGAGAUUGUACCUUUAAUGUGGUGGCUGGUCACUAUUCUUUUAUUUACUUUGAAUUUAUUGCAUAUUAUAGUAUACUUCAGCCACAUAAUAGGUGUUAGUGCUAGGUUUCUUUAUAUUUUUGGCAUUUAUCUCAUAUUUGUUUUAAAUAUAAGUGUUCUUUGUGUAUAUAUGUGCUUGCGAUUGGAUGUUCUCUAUUUUUGACACAAAAAGUUCUUAACAUUUCCUAAUAUUAACACAUAAAAAUUCUAUAUUUGAAUUUAAAGAUAUUUAUUAUCAGUUUAAAAAAUUUGUAAAGUUUAACUAUUUAAGUGCAAUCUAGUAUUAGAAUUGGGUUUUUGUUUAUCUGUGCCAUCUCAAAAGCAAUUUCAGAAACUUAUAAUUCCAUAAAAUAAAUAUUUAGUUUUAAGCAAAAUACAUAUGUAUAAGGAAAACAAUGUGAUGAUAAUUAGGGUCUGAAUUUAUAUCUAUAUUGGUUUGGCACAAUCUUUAUUUUUGAAUCUCUCCUAUAUCUCAAUUUUUUUUUUGUACUAACUGCUUAAUUUAUAUAUGUAGAAUCUCUGAAAUCUGAUUAUAAUGUUUGUGCUAAACCAAUCACGCUGUUUACUCGUAAAUGGUUAUGUAAACUUGGAAAAGUUGAUUCCAUCCUAAAGUGCUCUUAAACUGAACUAUUUACAGAUGAUUCAUAAAUUGUCUCUCAUGUCACAGUCAAUAGUUGUGUUAAUAAAGUAUAUAUACUAAA